GAGGCCGCUCGUGUGCACGGUGCCGCCCCUGCUGGCCACGGCCGCCGCCCUGCGGGGCCUGCGGGACGCCUCCGCGGCGGGCCUCCAGGGCGGCAACGCGCUGCGGGUGCUGGCGCUGGGGCUCGCCGCGGCCUUCUCGGCCAUCUUCUGCCAUUCCGCGCUCCAGCUGUGGAGGCUCGCGCUGAGCCUCUCCAGGCCCCUUGGCACGGUGUCCACGGCCCACACGGCCUUCGCCGGCGCCUUCUCCCUGGCGGCGGCCGUCCCCGCGGUGGCCGCCUCGUGGCGGACGCUGCGACGGCACGGGGUGCCCGACUUCGGCGCGCCCGGGGCCCGGGGCGCCCUGGCGGCGGGGUACGCGGUGACGGCAGCGCACCAGGUCCUGUGGGGCGCGGGCAUGCUGCUCUACUCCGAUCUGAAGGCUGCCGGCGCCCUCCGGUGCUUCGUGCUGGCCGGGUGCGCGCACGUCUGCUGGGCGGCCUGCGCCCCGGGCGGAGGGGGCGUUCCUUCGAGCACGCGCAGGAGACUAAGCGGAGCCCUCUGCGUCGACAGCGCCGCGCGGCUCGCGGCCGCGCUGAGCCAGGCCCGCCUCCUGCCGCUGGAGGGCGUGGGGAGCGCAAUGCUGCCAGCCGUGGCGCUGGUCACUUCGGCCUGUGGCUGCCGCGGCGCGCGGGGCGGCGCGGAGUGA